AUGUCAGUUGCACGCACACCUACGAAAAACAGUUCCAAAUCUAUUUCUCCCACACACUAUGGAUCCGAUUCAGCUAUCUAUACCCUCGAGAGCCAUGAACAUAAUAUAGAUGUUAAUAUUAAAAAAAGAUCUAAACGCCGGUUAAAUAAUCCACCCAGCACCUCCGAUUUAACAUUAGCGGACCUAAUGGUAAGAUUGGAUGAAAUGAAUAAAUUGCAAGAUGCUAAGUUCGCUUCUUUGGAGUCAUCCAUGAACGCCUUAUCAAAGCAAAAUGACGAAAUCAAGGACACAGUUAUACAUUUGUCCGCUAAAUAUGAUGAUGUUUUAAAUAACUUAAAAAAACUUCAACAAGAAAAUGACUUUUUUAAAAACCGCAUUAAAACACUAGAAGGGAAGCUUGAACAAUUAGAAAAAAAUGCACGAACAACCACAGUUGAAAUAAGAAAUGUUCCGAUGUCUGAAUCCGAGGACAAGGAAAAUUUAAUUGAAUUUACAAAAAAGUUCGGCACAGUAAUAAACGUUCCGAUUCAGGAUUCGGAAAUUCGUGAUGUGUUCCGGAUGAAGCUGAAAAACAAACCAAACGGUCCUAUCAUCGUCGAUUUCACAUCAACUGUUAAAAGAGAAAAGGUUAUUAAAGCUACAAGAACCUACAAUAAAAUGAACACCGGACGUUUAAGCACUGCGAGUUUCAAUAUGGAUGGUGCCGCAAAGCCUAUUUAUGUGUCGGAACACCUCACUGCAUCAACCAGACACCUAUUUUAUCUUGCUAGAAUGUUUGCCAACAAACACAACUACGAAAACUGUUGGACAUCGUUUGGCAAAGUAUAUCUGAAACGUAACCAAAAUGAAUCUCGCAUACACGUGAGCUGCCAAGAAGAUAUUGUGAACCUUCAAAAAAAUAUCUGA